GAUAUGUAAGGUUAGAGCACUAUGAAGGACAUUUUUAGAAUUUUCUAGUAAACUAAAGAUUUUCUAGUUUUCUAGUACAAUUAUCCUCUGUGUAGUCUGUGAACUGGAUUAAAUGAUCAACAAUUAUACUUCAAUACUGAGCCUCCCUAAUUGCGGAAAUUGCAAAAGUAGUGACCAGGAAAUGGAACAGUUGAAAGCAGUCACCAGGAGGCAAUAUGUCACGUUUGUUGUUGCAAAACAGGAAAUGCUUCUUUGAGAAAUUGGAUUGCCACCGUAUGAAGACGUUUGAACUGGAUCAUGAGUUUGACUGGCACUGGAGCUGAAGAGGAUAAUCAAGAAUUAGCCACCUGAAUGGAGGGUUUUCAGGAGCUCACCAUUUGGCAAAAAGUCCAGUUUUAUUACCAAGGAAUGCUCGAAAAUGGAGAUAAGAGGAUAGAAAACUGGCUGCUGGUCUACUCGCCGGCACCCGUCACCUUUAUAGUUAUGUGCUACCUGGUCCUUGUUUGGGUCGGGCCGAAGCUGAUGGCAAAGAAGGAGCCCUUCAACCUCCAACUUGUCUUGAUAGUUUACAAUUUCUCUAUGGUCUUCCUGUCUGCAUACAUGUUCUAUGAGUUUACGGCAGCUUCCUGGAUGGCUCGUUACAGUCUGCUGUGCCAGCCAGUCGACUACAGCGACAGUCUACUGGCCAUGAGGAUGGCCAGAGUGUGCUGGAUGUUUUACCUCUCCAAAUAUGUAGAGUUCUGUGACACAAUGUUUUUCAUAUUGAGGAAAAAGAACAGCCAGCUGACCUUCCUCCAUGUCUACCAUCACAGCACCAUGAUCUUGAACUGUUGGCUGGGGUUAAAGUACGCGCCAGGUGGCCAAUCUUUCAUGUGUGGCCUGCUCAACUCCCUGGUGCAUGUGGCAAUGUAUCUCUACUACGGUCUCGCUGCGUUUGGCCCACGUAUGACCAGAUAUCUCUGGUGGAAACACUACCUCACUAUCUUACAGCUGCUUCAGUUUUUCCUGUUAAGCAUUCACACUGUUUACAACUUGCUCGCUGACUGUGACUACCCUGACUCCUUGAACUUGAUUGGGUUUAUCUACGCUCUCACCAUCAUCGCACUCUUCAUCCACUUUUACUACCGCAGCUACCUCACAUCGAAGACCAAUGACCUAAGGAAGUAUAAGGUGUGAGAAAGAAAUGACUUUUAUAUAUGCAUGAGUUGAAGUUAGUUUCAUUUGAAAGAGAUGUGCCCUACCCAACAGUUUAUGUCAGGUGUUUUAUGAUCUGUUGACUCAAAUUAUAUUCUGGCAUGUCUAGAAACAAUCUCCAUAGAGGACAAAACCAUUCAUUAAUAAUUCACGUAAUUGCAUAUCAAAAAUAAACAAAGAAAUGGUCAGAAGGUAAAUAAGCCAAUCGUUUUUUGUCUAUUUUUGGGGUUGCUGAAGCACCCCUAAAAUUAAUCCCAGCAUCCCUAAAAUUUGAGAGAUUAAAAAAAUAAAUAAAUAAAAAUGUAACAAUGUUGUUUUCAAACAAUCUAUAGAAGUGUCAAACCAUAGCUACAGUACUUGGUUGAAACUUAAUAUUUUAUCAACAAAACUCAAACCAAUCCCACCGCUCCCUGGCUGGGCUCUGAGAACUCUACCUGCGCAGAGAAAUACGUUAACUUCCAGUGAGACGUGUAAGUACCUGGGUUAAACCAGGACACUGUAUGUUGCACGUCUUAACUUCAACCACUCAAAAUCAUUAACAGUCCUCAUUUUUGCUACAUUUAAAUCGUAGGUCACUAUUUAUGUUGUCAGGUAGGAGUUAGCUGACAUUUGUUUCUCACCGGGAAAUGGAUCAUGUGGUCAGACAGUACCGGCUGUACACUCUGCUUGAACUGGAAUGAGAGAAGUUAGUUGUUGUGUCAUGUGCAUGUGAUAAUAUUCAAGGCAAGGUGCUACUGAAUGGUAAAAUGUACAAAACCGUGAAAUUUAUCAUGCCUGUCUGGGAGUUCAGCACCCCUAAACCUCUGAUCCUCGAAUCACCCCUGAGCCAAAACAAUAAAUGUUUGCUUUAAACACUAACAAAA